AUGUAAUCCAAAUCCUGUUCUGUAGCCGGUGUUUUAUGGAUAAAAUUGCAUAAUGAGUGAUAUUUUGAAAAUAUCACAAGAGCGUUCGCGCAAACGAAAGCAAUUAUUGGCUCAAACACUUGGCCUGUCUAGCGUAGAUGAACUAAAAAUUGUGCUUGGAACAGCAGAUGAAUGGAAUAAUGUAUCAGGAAGUAGUUAUGCCGGAUUUAGUGGGCAACGAAGUGGCGGUGGUAGUGGAAGCAGUCGUGAGGAUGAAGGGGGCAGUGGUGGUAAAAAGACACCUGGGGAAAUUAUUUAUCGUGACUCCUCCACGUUUCUAAAGGGCACACAAUCAUCUAAUCCGCAUAAUGACUACUGUCAACACUUUGUCGAUACUGGACAACGGCCACAAAAUUUUAUUAGAGACGUUGGUUUGGCUGAUCGAUUUGAGGAAUAUCCAAAACUACGAGAACUAAUACGUUUGAAAGAUAAGCUGAUACAGGAUACUGCUUCAGCACCAAUGUAUUUAAAAGCUGACUUAAAAACGUUGGACCUAAAAACACUAGGCACUAAAUUUGAUGUCAUAUUAAUAGAGCCACCCUUGGAGGAAUAUGCCAGAGCAGCACCAUCAGUGGCAACUGUGGGUGGUGCGCCACGAGUAUUUUGGAACUGGGAGGAAAUAUUAAAUUUAGAUGUAGGUGAAGUGGCAGCGCAUCGGUCAUUUGUAUUUCUUUGGUGCGGUUCAUCAGAAGGCUUAGAUAUGGGUCGCAAUUGUUUGAAAAAGUGGGGUUUCCGACGCUGUGAAGACAUUUGUUGGAUACGUACCAAUAUAAACAAACCUGGUCAUUCAAAACAAUUAGAACCGAAAGCAGUAUUUCAACGUACAAAAGAGCACUGCUUAAUGGGUAUAAAAGGUACUGUACGCCGUUCAACAGAUGGUGAUUUCAUACACGCUAACGUUGACAUCGAUUUAAUUAUCUCGGAGGAAGAUGAGUUUGGGAGCUUUGAGAAACCGAUCGAAAUAUUUCAUAUAAUUGAACAUUUCUGUUUGGGCCGACGACGUAUGCACCUUUUUGGUCGCGAUUCCAGUAUACGACCAGGUUGGCUAACAGUUGGUCCAGAACUGACGAACUCCAAUUUCAAUGCCGAUUUGUAUCAAACUUACUUUGCCGAAGCACCUGCUACCGGUUGUACUAGUCGCAUUGAAUCUUUACGUCCAAAAAGCCCGCCGGCUAAUAGUAAAGCAUUAAGGGGACGUGGACGCGGUUUUCCACGUGGCCGUGGUCGACCGAGAUAAAUUGUAGAGUUUUACUAAAACUAAUAGUGCAUAUUUAUUCCGUAAUACGUACGUCUAUAUUUGUUUAAGUAGGUUUUUCAUAUUUUAAUUACACAAACAAAUAUUGGAGAUAUCAUUGACAUAUACUUAAGUAAAAAGUUAUUUCUUAAACCAAAAAAUAAACUCGAAAAUUAUAUGCCCAA